CCACGACGGGCCGAUUCAUAUGCACGCAAUCAAUGACCCCUCUGCAACAAGUAUGGUCGGAGUUAAACGCCAACCUCGUAUAAACCCCGCCUAGACUGACAUCACCGAGCUACACAGUAUGAGACAGUGGAUAUACGUCGCUCCAGUCCUCGUGAUUUUGUAGCUUCAACUCCAAUAAUGACUAACGUAAUCGAGACACAGUUGUUAAUCAACAACAAACUUGUUCCCGCGAGCGACAACGGCACAUUCGAGCUCUUCUCUCCACAUACCGGGGAACUGGUCGCUAAAGUUGCGGAAGCGACCGUAGACGAUGUGAACACUGCUGUUGACGCUGCUCAAGCCGCGUUUCCAGCAUGGAGUGCCCUUUCCCCAUUAGAGCGUGGGGCACCGCUCAAGAAGCUGGCUGAGCUGCACAUCACGGAAAAAGAUGAACUUGCUCGCCUUGAUGCAAUUUCCAUGGGAAAACCCAUUAGUACGCAUGGAAUCGAUGUCAACUAUGCGGUUACGCAGUACAACUACUUCGCCGAAGCCGCGUAUCCCCAAGGCCAUACUAGCUUGAACACGCCAGGCUUCUUGAACAUGAGCUUGCGGCAGCCUUUUGGUGUUGUAGCUAUCAUUAUCCCUUGGAAUGCCCCGUUGAUAUUUUUUGCGAAGAAAGUUGCCCCAGCACUGGCUGCUGGGAAUUGCGUGGUCUUGAAGAGCAGCGAGAAGGCACCAUUAACUUCCUGGAAGGUAUCCCAGUGGAUCGAAAAAUGCGGGUUUCCGCCCGGUGUAAUCAACGUGCUUUCUGGUCACGGCCCAGUGUCAGGGCAAGCCUUGGCUGAACACAUGAGAAUCCGCGCUCUCUCCUUCACAGGCUCAACGCGGACAGGUCGCACCAUUGCUAUCGCUGCUGCAAAGUCCAACCUGAAAAAGGUCGUCUUCGAACUUGGCGGCAAGUCACCUUCGCUGAUAUUUGAUGACGCGGACGUCGUUCAGGCAGCAAAAGAUGUAGAACUCAGCAUCAACUCCAAUUCCGGCCAAGCAUGUUUUGCUACCAGCAGGGUCUACGUGCAGGAAAGCAUCAAAGAGAAGUUUAUCGAAGCGUUCACACAAGUAGCCAAAGUACGGAAGCUAGGUGACCCAACAGUGGCGGGCAUCAACCACGGUCCGCAAGCAGACAAAGUACAGUCUGAGACUGUACAGAACUACAUCGCCGUCGGGAAAAAGGAUGCUGGCACAGUGAUUGAUACUGGCGCGGACGCUACGAACAACGAUACUUCUGCUCACCACGUCCAUCCUGUGGUUUUCAUCGACGUGCCCGAAAACUCGCGUAUCGCGAAAGAAGAGAUAUUCGGACCGGUACUGAUCGUGAACACCUUCAAGACCGAAUCUGAAGGUAUCGAGAAAGCCAAUGACACAGAGUACGGGCUUUACGCAUCAGUGUAUACCAAGGACCUCGAAAGGGCGAUGCGAGUAGCGAAGAAGCUGGAGAGUGGUAUGCUUGGUGUCAAUUGCACGAGUCCGACUAACGCUUGGGAUUUACCGUUUGGAGGAUGGAAGGGCAGUGGUACAGGACGGGAGAGUCUACUCGAGAGUAUGGAGCACUUUCUUGAAGUCAAGAGCGUGUAUGUCAGAGUCAACGGCAUUGGUGGCUGAUGGGAACAACCGUAACUCAAUGUCAGCAAGGCGAGCAGGACUUGCGAGGUGUAGACUAUAUGACUCUACGGCCAACGUCUCAUUGUCCUCGAGAUACUCGAACCACCAUAUCUUUAUGAGAAGAAAUCACUUCACUGUCAUAUGUCCACACGCAAUAUAGAAAACUUCACUGCCCGAAC